AUGAAGAGUGAAUAUUUACCUUGUUACACGGCCCACAGCUACCAUUCAAUGGACAUGUUCAAUAUCUCCAUGGGGGACCUGCAAAGACAGCUGUACAAGGGAGGAGAGUAUGACAUUUUCAGGUACACACCAAUGUUUGAGAGUAACUUCAUACAAAUCAGCAAAAAAGGAGAGAUGAUUGAUGUACACAAUCAUGUCCAAAUGGUGACUGUAGGCAUCGUGUCCACCAGCCCUGUCCUCCCCUUACCUGACGUCAUGCUGCUCGCCCGACCAACCAAAGCCUGCGAAGAUUGUGUCAGACAUGCCCUGCCCGCCAAGGGGAGAGGUCUUAAGCCCGAGAAGACCCUAGAGCUCACCAGGCUGCUUCCCUUGACAUUUGUCAAGAUCUCUACCCAUGAUCGUGAGAAACAGCAGCUGCGGCUAAAGCUUGCCACUGGCCGUACUUUUUAUCUGCAGCUGUAUCCCUCUUUGGAUGCACGAAAAGACCUGUUUGGCUACUGGGAAAAACUUGUUUACCUCCUGAGGCCAUCCCUGGAGAGUUACAGUAGUACCCCAAUACUACAAUCUGUGGAUGCAACAACAAUAGAGAAUGACAAAAGCCUAAUGACUGUGGAGCUCCAUGGAGAAAUAUAUCAAGAUGUGAUUGGGUGUCACAAGUCCCAUAAGGUGUCCGGAGCCACCUUUUCCGCUUAUGCUGGGAGAGAGGGAUUGCAUCAUGCCUGCCACAAAAAAACCAGUGAACCUGUAGCCAUGAAAACGGCAGGCGCUGCCGAAGGCCUAGCAGGUGGAGUAGCUGCCUGCAUGGCAGCGGCAGGAACGGCAGCGAGUGCUGAGGCAGGCGCCAUAAGCCUUGCCACCUGCGAGACUGCAGGUGCCGGCCAGCCGAGUGCAACUCUGGCGGGAGCCACCAGCAAGUGUCUGGGAGACAUUGGAUCCAACAAGGCCAUUGCAGGUGCUGUCAACCUCUCCUCAGAAUGCACCAAUGUGGUCUUGGAGGGUGCCGUAAUCACCUCCUCCAUAGCCACUUCUGUGAUCAUGCCCGCGGCCACGAGUGUCUCCCCAGGGAGCAGCAUGGAUGUGGUAUUUGCAGGUGCAGUGGCAUACAGCAAGCCUGCUGCAGGAAGACCCAAAUGCCCAGGGACAGGACCCCUCAUCUCGACCUUGCAGAGUGAAGGCUACAUGUGUGAGCAGGAUGGAAGCCAGAAGGUCAGCCAGCCCACUACCAAAAUCCGGAUGGGAAAAAAGAAAAGACGAGAAAAGACGGACAGACCUUCCAGCAGGAAAAGUUCUUGUCACGGCAUGACAGGUGAAAGUCACCACAGGAGAAGAGGGCACAAGUCAACCCGGAAAUCAUCCUCCCACCGGUCCUCUUCUGGCCAUGGAAACAAAAAAGAUGACAAGAAAGAGAAAGGGCAGGACAGUGUCAGGGGCAGAGGACACAGCUCUCACAAGAGUUCCAGCCACAGCUCCGCCACAAAAGAGCCCGGGACAGCUCACAAACGGGGGAAGAGCAUAUCUGCAACCAGCUCAGAUUCCUUAAGUAAGAAAUGCUAUAGGUUUGGCUCUUUCUUCAGGAGCUUCAGAGUCAUUCUGGGUUCAAAAACAAUGGUCACCACCCAGAGCAGAGAUGUCGACUUUGUGGCUAAGACGGUUGAGAAGCACCAAGUGGAGGCCAAGGUGGAGAAAGCCCCGGGCAGCCAGGAUCUGGGCAUCUGCGGCACGGUGACCUCUGAGAUGAUGGAGACGAUAGUCAUGGAAGCCAAGUCCCUUUGA